AUUCACUCCUGGCCCCGCCCCAAGGAGAAGGCCAAGCUGUCUCACCUUCGUCUCCAGAUUGCUUGACUUCCGUCCCUGGAUCACUGAACCACCCGAACUUCACUUCGUCACCACUUCGACACCACCCCCUCCUGGCCCAAAGUCCAAGCUGCAACGCCCCGCUUAUAGCUCGGCCCCGCCCAGGUACUCACUGUUGCCGUACCUCUCUUUGAGCAACAACCCAACACGAACAGAUCUCCUGAUCUUACUGUACAGAGUGCUGCCACAAUUUCCCCCCACACCACCAUCACGAUGGUUAGCGCCUUCCACAUAGUCCUCAGGCAGGAGGAGGGCUACGACGCACACCAGACUCGCGAAUUUGACCUAGAGCUCAACUCCGAAUUCGCUAUCGGCCGUGCCUCCAAGAAUAUCUCCAAAGGCUAUCUGCUACCUGCGAAAAACAACGUGUACAUCGACAGCCCUGUGGUUUCUCGUGAGCAUGCUAUCUUGACCGCAAACGUGAUCUCUGGCACCCCGCAGGUCUACAUCACUGACGCCAAAUCUAUGCACGGUACCCAUGUCAACGGCACCCCACUUGUGCCUCACACUCCCAAGCGGUUGUUCAACGGCGACAGGCUACAGUUCGGUGUGAACGUGAAUCGUAAUGAGAGUUACUUCGUUGCUUUUCAAUACACAUUCAACGCCGAGCUCUCUAACGCCGAGCCCUUCUCACGCGGCUUCACUGUUCCCGAGGCCGAGUCUGAGGAAGAGGACGUCCUCGCCCAGUCAGGCCGCGGUAGCCAACUCGACCCGCUCAUUCUCGAUGACUCCGAUGCCGCUUCAGAGAACGACGAGUACGACGAGCACGAAGAGGAGGCAGGGCUUUCUGAGGACAACGUCGACGUGACUUUGGCACCGCUAGACGAUGAGGUUCUCGAGAUCGACACCUCGUCUUUGGUCGAGGAAGAAGAUGUCGCUGACAGCAAUGCUUACGACUUCGAUGACAGCGAUGCUGCAAGUGUUGACAUUGCUCCCGAAUACAAUCCAGAGUCACCGCUUGUUCAAGCAGCCCAGUACGUCGACGAAGUUGUGCAAGUCCAGGCGACGCCAGUCGAGCGAGAUCAGCCGUCGCUCGACUACUCGGCAGCUAUGGAGGGAGCUCAUGUGCUUGCCUUCGACUGUCCUCGAUUCCAAACAACUUCUCCUCCAGCAUGGCAAGGUGUCGACAACCACGCCACUUUCCCAAGGAGCAUGUACGAUAGCACCAUCGGACCUCCACUCCCCCCACGACCUUCUCAGAAGCGACAGAGGGUCUGGGAUAAACCUUCGCAUGAGGAACAAGCUUGCAAGUUGGGCGCGCCCUCAGACAUGCCCUUUUGGGCUCCUCUUGGUGGUUCCGCUCAUGGGAUCUGCGCUCAACCAUUUGAGUUCGUGCCCGCCCUUCAGCGAGCUGCAGAUUGCGUCCAGACGCCACCUCACACAGUGUCUUCCGAAAUCGCCGCUGCAGCCUCUGCACUAGCGACAUGUUCAACGCGCAUAAUCGGCUUCUCUAACCCCGAGAUCGUUGAUGAGCAGCCACCAACGCCGACUUCGAUUAACAGCCGCAAGCGCAGCGCGAACAGUGCAUUCAAUGAAGAGACUGAGGUGAGUGUUGAGAAAAAGACUACAGAACUUGAAGUGGAGGGCGCUGUCCCAGAAGCCGCCGUUCCCACCGUCGAGCAGGUCGCGCCUCAGCCACAACGCCCUAUUGCUCAGCCUAAGAGCGUCCUCAGGAGAGCUCUCAACGCAGCGAAGAUCAUGGUACCUGCCACUACACUUGGCGCUGUCUUUACCGUCUUUGCCCUCACCGCUCUGCCGGAGUCUUUCUUCAUAGUCGCCUAAACAGACAUGCUGUCUUCCACUCGACAAUUAUAUCACUCUUCUUUUCACUUCCUGGGUUUCGGCAUUUCGGUAUACAGUAGGAGGAGCAGGAAUCUCAUAACCCUCGAUGGAAACUUCAGUCAUUUACAGGAUUAUCGGCGUUGACAGUGCGCACACACCCUGGUUUGGAUCGGCUCGGUAUCUCACAUGGCGUUCAACGGGUGGCUCAUACAGAUAGCUGAUGGUACGCCGCGCUUGCUUGCAUAUUUACGAUUCACGAUAGCUGGUAAUGACAUAUAUAACCUCC